AGCUCGCCUGCCCGACAGCCCAGUUUUGCCCAUCAAAAGCAUCGCCGCUUUUCUAUCGGGUCCAAAAUUACAGCAUCGCAUCGCUGCUUUGAUAGCGUUGAGAUGGAGCAAGAACUCCACGGUCAAUAUCGCGCUGCUCUCCAGUCGCAAUCCGCUGGUCUGCAACAACACAAUCAAACUCACCUCACCCACGCCCAUCAUGCCCUCACCUCUCAACCAGGCCUCGACCUCAGCGGUCUUGAUGGAACUCAAUACCAAAGCCUUCAUAUAGACGAUCCCAAUGGCCAUGCCUUUGAUCCCAAUCCCUAUGAGCAACGACAUCCAAACCCUCAUGACAGUUCCCAUGUCUCCGAACAACAUGACAACAAUGCCACAUACAAUCUUUUGAAUCAGCUCAGCCACAAUGCCAUUGGCCCUAUUCAAACGGCAGAUUUGUUUGGCAGCAAUUCCAUUCCAGAAGGUGUAGUUCCAAGUAGUAAUGUCCAUGACAAUACAAAUUUUGUAGCAAAUCCUCCAAACCUCGCAGCAUGGCGCCAACGCCUCUUCGACGUUGAUCAGAUGAUCACAUUGAGCCAGGAAGAGUAUGAGUUGAUAUUCACCCCUCGCUUCAUGCAUCUGCUAACUGAUUGAUAGAUACAAUACCUACUUUCCCCAUGUUGACAAUGUCUACUCCCAUCGCUCAACGCAGAAGUACAAGAAGAAACAAUUCGUCUCUCACUACUGGGAUUGUCGUCUUAAAGGACGCCCUCCAGGAACACCCAAAUCUGAUGACCCCAAUAAGAAGAAGCGUAAGCGGACUGCUCGGGAGCGCGAUCUAUGUGACGUCAAAAUCAAAAUCACAGAAUAUUUCCCCGGUGCCAUGCAAACAGAUGGAUUUGCAUUGGAUGGUGUUGGAGCAGAUCAGCCUCAGGGUGACAACUUCUUUCCUGGCCAAGGAGAAGGUCAAAAUCAACCACCGUUUACUGGAAUGUCAUUGCUUGACCCAUCUCAUCCUGGCCAAAGCGGCAAACCAUUCUACACUAUCCAAAGAGUCAAUGGCAAUGGAGGAAAUGGAAAAGGAGAUGGAGUUCCAGGUCCACAUAAGCAUGAUCUAGCUGAAAGCGAUAGAGUCAAGAAGAACAGUGUUCAGCGCAUGAUGAUGAAGAAUGAGAAGGAAGCAAAGAAGCAACAGGUACGCAUUUCAUGGCCUUUUUCUUUCUCUGGAGGUGUCUUCACUGUCUUUCUCUCUGUUCACUAAUUGAUGGUUGUUUCCAGAAAACCUAUCAUAAGAAGGCUAGUGGUGCUGCACUCACAACUGUCAAGAAGCACAUGAAGGAUCAUGAGUUGAAGCUGUUUGGAAGUUGCUUUUGGUGAGCCAUGUCAAUCUCAGAUUUUGGAAUACAACUAACACAAAUCUCUAGUCCCUGGGUUCAAAAAGUCUGGAUUGCAUUGGAAGCGAAGGGAUUACAAUAUCAAUACAUUGAAGUUGACCCUUUCAAGAAACCCCAAGCAUUGCUUGACAUCAACCCUCGAGGAACGGUACCUGGUCUUUCUCAUGGUAACUGGGGCUCAGGUGAGAGCACAGUCCUGAUGGAAUAUGUGAGUGUCAUCUCCUCUCUGGCAUUAUAAAACUUCCUACUAACAUGACUCAUAGUUGGAAGAUUUGGGCAUCGGUAUGCCACUGUUGCCAACCAACAAUCCGCAACUCAGAGCCAUCUCCCGCUUCUGGAGCGAUCAUGUAAUACACCUCCCCUCGGCCACUUUUCGAAACUGCUAACAUCGUUAGAUUAAUCGAUUCAUCGUGCCAGCAUUCUUCAAGCUCCUACAAGCAGUUGAUCAUCUGUCCCAACUCGAGGCCACUAAAAAGCUUCAAGACUACAUCACUGAGAUCGUUGGAGCAUGCGAUGCCCAAGGACCAUUCUUCUUUGGACCUCACAUGUCAUAUGUUGACGUUCAAUUUGCUCCAUGGAUGCUCCGUUUCUCUCGCGUUUUAAAACACUAUCGCAACUGGCAAGAUCCAAUUCCAGGCACAAGGUGGGGUGUUUGGUUGGAGGCUGUUGAAAAUAAUGAGCAUGUUAAGAACACCACGAGUACUGAUGAUCUCUAUGUUGACAGCUACGAACGUUUUGCACAAAAUCGUACAAACUCCAAUGACUUGCUUAAUGCCGUCAAUGGAGGUUUCAGUCUGCCAUAAUCUGGGUCCAUUAGAAGAAAUUUUGGUCGUAAUUCUCAAUUUCUUGGAGGUUAUGAAUAAUCUGCUUAUUGCAUAGGGAUUCUUGGUAUGUUUUUGAUUUCGUUGGUGUAGAAUCCUGUGGACGAUUUGCUAUUAGUUUUGUCUCUCCAAGGAGAGUUGUGGAUGUGUUGGCUGAUCAUUGUGUUGAUACUUUUGUUGACGCAUGAUCAAUUUAAUGUUGGAGGACAUCUUUUUGUUGGUGGUGGUUUUUUGGCAAGAGGGUAUUUUCCUAUCUUGCAAAGGUUAAGCCCUUUUGAUAUUUCUUCUUGUUUCUUCUGUUUUCUUGGUUCUUGUGGUGGCAUAACAGUACACCACAAGGUUGAUGUCAGAAAAUUGGAAGAAUGUAGCGAGGAAAUCUUUCUUGAUUUCAACUU